AUGGGCAAAGAAGAGUGCAAAACCAUGCUCGAUGCCUUAAACAAAGUGACCGCAUGCUACCGGCACUUGGUCUGCGCACUGGGCAGCACGUCGGAUUCCCAAAACCUGCGCGAAGAGCUGAAAAAGACGCGCAGGAAAGCGCAGGAACUGGCCGCGGCCAACCAGACCAGACUGACAGACAUGCUGAAAGAUAAGAGCAUCAGCAACGACGACCGCUCCGAGUACGAGCGCCUUUGGGUGCUGUUCACCAGCAGCAUGGAGAUCCUAGAGGUGGACAUGAGGAGAUCGCUGGAGAUCGGGCAGGAUUUCCCACUCAAGGUGCCCACGCGUCACUUCAUCCAGACUGGCAUGACCGGCAGCACUAGCACCGUGGCAGCCCGCGCCAUGAGCGUACAGAACAUGAAAUACGAAUCAGACCCGGCUAUAGACACGCUCGAUCUAAAAGACCUGGAAGCUGAGAUCGCUCAGCUCGAUCAGAUGAUGGAGGAGAUGGAGAUGAAGGUGCAGGUGGCACCGUGGGCGGUGGAGGCCAAGCAGGAAGCGGGGGCAGAACUCAAAUCCACGGUCAGCGUGGGAAACUCAUCGAUCGGUGUGAUCUCCAUUUGUGAGGAGGAACCAAAGGAAGGUGGAGAUGGAGAAGCAGGAGUCAUGAGGAUCUUCGCAGGGAUCAUUUUCACUGUUGUUUUACUCAUCGCAGGCAUUCUGGGAUACUUGGUGGUCAGUCUUUGA